UCUUUGUGGUGCUGUGUGGUGAAGUGUUACAUUACGAGAACAGACAGACAAUGUUUUAGAUAUCAUUUUAGUUUUACUCAGAGCCAAAGCAUAACUGUUCUUGUAUAACAGCUACCUUGUUCUGAGAAUUAUGUUUAUUUACACGCAAAAUGUUCCAGGCUGACUCCACCUGCUGGCUUAUACGCAUCUUGAGCACGUUACACUGACCGUCAAUAUUUAACGUCGUCAGCUGACUGCUGGUUUUACAUUAGUUGAACUGAAACCGAGGAAGGUGGAUCAGUGCGUCAACUCACGAAUUUUUGGUUGAAGGAUUAUAUCGCUAGAUAUUUCUUCCUUCAAGCUUCAGCAUCGAUCGUGUAAAGUUUUCUGGAUUUCAAACAGCGCGUGGUGGUAAAGCAGCAUGUCAAGGUCAGAUUUCCCUCCGAGUUACGAUGAUUCCCGGCUGCUCUCCAACCCUCAGCCUGAAGGAGGUUACCCUGCUUCUGCCCCCCCAUAUGGCUUCAACGCAAGCCCAGGACAGCCACCUUACCCACAGCCCAAUGAUCCAUACCAUGGACAGCCUCCGGGAUACUCCCCGCCAAGUCUACCUGUCAUCCCAGUCAUUCCUCCCGGUAUAGGAGACGAUGGAGGAUUUACCACAACAGGAGGAUUCGACGAUAUCAGUGUCCGUCACUCUUUUAUACGGAAAGUUUAUUUGAUCCUCGCUUCUCAGCUCAUCGUCACAGCUGCCAUCGUGGCUAUUUUCACAUUUGUGGAACCUGUAGGAGCGUUUGUGAGGAAAAAUCCAGCCAUUUACUGGGUUUCAUAUGCUAUCUAUUUUGUCACACACAUCGUAUUGGUUUGCUGUCAGGGACCCAGGAGGCGUUUCCCGUGGAACCUGAUCCUGUUGUCCAUUUUUACACUGGCCUUAUCGUUCAUGACUGGAAAUAUAGCAAGCUAUUAUAGCACUAGGGCAGUUUUCCUGGCCCUGGCCAUCACUGUUCUUGUAUCUGUUGCGGUGACGGUGUUCUGCUUCCAGACUAAGGUGGAUUUCACUAAAUGUACAGGUUUUUUCUGUGUCCUCGGAAUCGUAGUGUUUGUGACUGGCAUCAUCACGGCUAUCGUGCUGUCAUUCAAAUAUGUCCCAUGGCUUCACAUGCUCUAUGCAGCAAUAGGGGCCAUUGCAUUCACUCUGUUUCUGGCCUAUCAUACCCAGCUGCUCAUCGGAAACAGGAAGCUCUCCAUUGGCCCAGAGGAGUAUGUGUUUGCGGCUCUCUCCCUUUAUGUUGACAUUGUCCAGAUCUUCAUCUUCCUCCUGCAAAUUAUUGGAUUUGCAGAGAGAUAGAAGCUUCAAGCUGGCUUAUGGACCUUUUCUUUACCAUCAUAAUGGCUUUAAUGUUUAUGCACUAUGCAGUGUCUUCUCCGUCCAGUUCCGUGCUAAAAUCUACAAAAAAAUAUAUCUAGCUUUAUACUAAUGGAACAACUGAUAAGGGAAAAAUAUAAUUUCCAUGAUUUACUAAACAUAUGCAUAUAUUCCGAUAAAAUGAGUGAUAUUAUAUAGCCAACACUGAGUUCUUGGUCCCAUGUCAUAGAAAUGGAAGCUGUCUAUUAGAAGUGGAUCUCUAUUGUGAAAAUUUCUGCUGAAUUGAUUUCGAUUUGCAUUUUGGUUGAGGGUUUAGCUUUUCUGCUGUGUACAUACAGUCUAAAAUAUAUUUCCAGUUAAUGAAUUUAGAGUAUUUAUUGCAGACACCUUUAUAUGAAAAAGAAAAGUCUAUAUCAGAUUUCGUUUUUUUAAACUUUGGGAAAUAAAUGUCUUUACUUCA